GUGGUUUGGGGCUUGUGAUGGUAUACAUUCAGUAAGGGACUGGUGUCGAUUAAGGUUCUGGCGAUGGCCAUCUGAGGUUACGCUUAUGAGGUCCCCAGAUGCCCAUUGUCGAGGUACUCAUCCACAAUCAUUGAGCUUCCUUGUUGGAACCUGCUGCAAUUUCAGUGUUAUUUGCAGUGUUUGAGUUGUUUAGUGCGAAAUUGGAUAACCGUCUGCUGAAUAGAUCGUCGUCGUCGGCCUAUUUCCGCUAUCUACAGAUCAGACUCGACACUCGGCAGCUGUUCAGGACCAAAGCCAGCACCCUGCUGCCGUCAAACAAACACAUAUAAUCUUCUCGCAAUGUUUUCCGUAUUAUGGACAGUCAUAUUUGUGGUGGUUAUCAACGCCAUAAUAGCAACCAUCGGAUCAGAUAAUAUCGGCGAAUUGGCAUGGACUUUAUGGGUCACGCUGAUACCAUCACCUGCUUCUAAAAAAGAGAAGAAGUUGCGCGAAGUGCAAAAAGCGGCAAUUGCGCUUGGUACUGAAAUAAGCGGCGUCAGCGCGCAAGAUGAGUUUGCUACCUGGGCCAAGCUGAACCGCAAAAUGGAUAAGCUGAAAGAUGAGAUGGAGAAAUUGAACGCUGGGCUCGGCGCGCAGCGAGCGUUCUUCAAAGUCCAGGUCCGAAGGGCUGUCUGGGUUUCAACAACCGGAUUGAAAUUCCUAGUCCGGAUAAAGUACCGCAAAGCGCCAGUCUUUUGGCUGCCUAAAGGGAUGUUCCCUGGGUGGAUCGAGUGGGUUUUGUCGCUGACUUCUGCUCCAAAGGGCAGCGUGUCAGUUGCGGUUUGGUUUAUGGUUGUCGACUAUGCAAUUAAGGGGACUGUGGUUUAUAUCUUGACUAAAUCAGUCCAGGGUGUGGUAUACAUACGGAGUGAGAAACUGGCAAAGGUGCAGGUGAAGGCAAAGUCUGGCAAGCCUGCCGCCGAAGAUACAAGCAAGUCGAGCUCCGAGUCUGCUGUCAAGAGCGAAAGUGAAAAGAAGACAGAGUGAAGAGCGACUCGGGUAUUUAGCUGUUUAUCUGCAUUGUUUAAGUGUGCCAUUUGGUAUCGUUAAAGAAAAUUCGCAUGUGGCGCUGUAUAGCAUAUGGCAGGAUGCCUGAAUAUAAUAGAUUUUCAGUGCGAGCCAGACAGGAUGGACGAAAGUUGAUUAGCAUAUGCUCAUACGGAACUUGCAAACUUU